AUGUUAGAACGCCGUGUGGAGUCUGUUGAGCAGCGGGCAGCCGCGAUGGAGCGGGCCAUUAUGGUCGCCAUGCAAGAAGUCGACAACACCCGCGCGGCCCUCACAGAACGCAUGGAUGAACUUCAACAGAAAUGCCUAGUUGGAGAAUCCACAUCCACCCCCUCACAUAAGGAAGAGAAUAGAAAUAAUAAUAAUAAUAAUAAUAAUAAUAAUAAUAAUAAUAAUAAUAUGAAAGGAGUUACGAGGCGCCAGCUGGAGGAAGUAUUACAUGUUGCCGCAGAAGCUUUAGCAGUAUCAACAGCACAGAAAAAGAAAUUAGAAUUACAUGAAGUUCAUUUUAAUGCGCUAGAAAAGGAAGUGGUGGCUUUACGCUCUCGAGUAGAAAACUCCAUCUAUGCUGUAGGGAUAUUACCAAAAGAUAAUUAUGAUCAACAACAAGAAGAAGAACGGAGGAAUUUGUUUAAUGUAGUAAGUCCAUAUCAUAAUAGUCCACAAAGAGAUAAUAAUAAACUCUAUUCCUCAACAGAUAAUAUAGAUCUCAUACACCAACUACAAAAGCGGAUUACACAAUUAGAAUAUCAACAAACAUUAUGGCAAAACUCUGCACAACCAAAGUUAGAUACCAUUGAGGAGAAUAUUGGAAGUAUGGUAGAGACACACGUUAGACAACUUCUUCGUGAACAACAACAACAGCAACAAGAAGAGAAAUCAAAAAAUGGUUUAGAUUCUAAUAAGCAACAGGCUUCUCCUUUUCAUUCUACUAUUAUUAGUGGGAAUAAUAAUAGAGGAGGUCUUGUGAGUUCUCCCUCCUCUGGUGUACAUGGGACCUUAGAUGUACGUACACUUCGUAUAGAUAUUGAUGUUCUCCGACAAGAUCUCGUUCGCUGCGUUGUGGAGAUUGAAAAAGUAAUGGAUCAACAACAACGCCUUGGCACACGUGUUCACAGUUGUGUAAAUACAAUUCAACGACAAGAGGCGGAACUCCAAUCGAUUGCGGAGGAACAAAAGAGUCUCCUGCAAUCUCAAGUCGCUCAUCUGGAGAUGCAGCAAACGACGGCUUUGGCUCGGCAGGAGAAACAGUUGGCGGCUGAACGGCAUCGUUUACAUACAGAAAUGACCGCAGAAGUUCAUCGUGUCUGUGAACGGCAGAGUGAAAUGAUGCAACAAACCGAAAAACAACGACUGGAAACCCUCUCAGCAUCAUAUGAUCGAUUGCGGGAUGAAUUACGUCUGGCGGUUCAUAAACAACAAGAGGAAUUACGAUUGGCAGUUGAACAGAUGGAAGAAACGAUUAGACGUCUCCAACGUGAAAUGAAUACGCGGCAGUUAACAGCGGCCCAACAAGUGCAGGAAGUCACUUCACAGGCUUUAUCAACCGGAAAUGAUCAUCUUCAACGUAUUGUACACGAGACACAGGCAGAUCUCCGUCGAUUACAACACACGAUGGAAGAUCGUGCAGAGCAACAGCAGCAAUUCACUAAAUAUAUGGAAGAAACCGUGCAGAAACGCAUUGGGGAUGAAGUACGACGUGUGCGGAUCUUCACAAGUGAUACAACCGUGCGAUUACAACAACAGGUGGAAGAGGAAGUACAACGGUAUGUGCGCUUAUCUGAACAGGAGUUGUUAGCAGAGAUUCGACAAGAUAUUGAACGCAUAGAUGCCGCGGUGAAGUUAUUGGAAGAACAACAAUUAACAUUGCGUGAGGCGAUGCAAGCAGCGGUGGCUCCAUCUUCUACAAUGGCAAGUUUAGAUCAACGUGUGAGUGUACUCCGGGCAGAUUUCAAAGGAUUGUGUCUGCAAUUGCAGGAGAUUCAACAUAAUUUACAUACAGCGGAGGAAGUGGGACUCACACCGCACAUAUUAGGAAAACAACAACGGAUGUUACUAGAAGAUGUGAUGGAAAUUAAAUCACGACUCCGUCAAUGUGAGGCAAAACAAAUAGAUCCUGUGAAGAGUCAUCAUACCAAUAUAGAUACGGCGAGAGUAGUGGUUGUACCGCACUUUGUUGGGGAUAAUGCCAGUCAAUCCACACCUGUACGUCCUGGUGUGCCAUCGACAAUAAAUACAAGAACAAAUGAGAAAACAAAUACAACUAAUAUCAAUACUACUAAUACUAUUGGAGAAGGAAGAAUGGAAGGAUCAUCGGUACGUGCAUUUCGAAGUCCAGGUGUAUUUGCUGGACUUAAUCAGAGUGCUGUUGUGCGAAAUACGCCAGGUGCUCAUUCUUCUGUAAAUGGAACCUUUGAUCCUCUUGCUGGUGUAUUUGAUUAA